ACUGGUCUUGACUGGUUUUUAUUGGGCUGCACAAGAAUCAUCUUCACUUCUCCAAUUAUUUUACUUCAAACAACCCCAUUGGGUGACCCUGGUGUUGGUUUCCUAAAAUUUGGAUCUGGGAGGCGUCUGUUUCCUUCACUUAUGACGUAAGCAACGAAGCGAUGUGGGUAAUCGCUGAGGUCACAAACACUGCUGGGGUGGGAGCGUCUGUGCCACAGCUGGUGAGCAGAGCUGGUGCUCUGGUGAGCGUGCUGCACGCAGACUGAGCUCUGGGCCUUCCUUAGAACAGAUCACCCUGCGAGUGCCCAUCCGAAGCACCGCUGUGGCGUGUGCAUGAGCAGGGCACAGCUUGGGCUGAGCGGGCCGAGCAGGGUUCCUGUCCAAAAGGAGAUUUCAGAGAUCAAGGCAGUCUCAGGAAGAGUGAGGCCAGCUCUUUCCAAGAGCAGAGAAGUUCCUGCAGAGAGAGCCCUGGGAACUUCGGCUUCCUCGGAGACAGCGGUCAUGUCUCAGCAAGGAGACGACUGCAAUUCCUAUUUCUGUCCUGUGAGUGGAGAGCAGGGCGGCGCAGUUCCCUGUGUUUGGGAACAGCAGCCAGCAGGCUGCCAGAGGUCCAACUGCGCCUUUCAGCGCACAGAGGGACGCGACGGGGACAGACCGUCCUUACUGCCAUGCGAAAGGACGGAGCCUGCGUGUCCACAGAAUGGUGCGGGGCAACGGGGAAAACGGAAAGCCUCCGCAGAAGCUGAUGCAAGCGGCCUUCCAGCAAAGCGCAGCCAUGCGGAAGGCCAGGAGAGGAGCGCAGAGUGUGGCACAACACCCAAGAGAGCAGUGGCGACCAGCUUGGAUGUGCCGGAGGACACCACGGACAUUCAGGGUUUGCUCUCUUGGAUCAGUGAUGUGGCAAGAGCUGUUGAGGUCCCCCACGAGCACCGCAGCAGCCCUGCCCCAGGAUGCUUCAUCGCUGAGCUCCCUGACUACCCCAGGGACAGCAGAGAGCUCAGCACAGACACACAGGCUGUCGCCGGGACCCCCACCGACCCCUUCUGGGGACUUCCACCAUCCCCUGGGCUCCUGUCUGAGCUGCAGUGUGGGCUGUCUCCGCUGCACCCCGUCGUACCACCAGAGAGUGUCUGGCUCAGUCCACGGCUGACUCCCCUGGCUGUAACCACACCUCCCUCAGCCCAAACCACAGAGCCUGUCGAGGAGGUGCAGCAAAGGCAGCCCCAGGGGCUUCAGGCUCACUCACCACCUUCACUGGGCUCUGUCUCCUGCCUGGUGGCAGAAAAGAAAAGCAGGGGCAGCACCAAGCGGACCAAGCGCCCCGCGCCUGCUGGCACCCCCCGGAAAAGGGAGAGCUCCCAGCAGGAGCAGCCCACCAGUGGUGUUCCAGCUAAGAAAAGGAAGCUGCCACCUCAGAAGGAAACAAGAGAAAGAAAAGGCCGCAUACACCCACAGCAAUUGAAGCUGUCUGGGGCCAGCGCAGGAGCCAGCAGCAGAAUGCGAGCGGGUGCUGCCAGUGAGCUGUACAUGCACUUGUGUGCAUCCAUCCAGGCCGUGCACCCGCUGGGGCAGAGGGUGACUGCGGUGGGGCCGGUGCGCCAGCCACCCUCUGUGCAGCCCCAACCCACACCCAGCGCUGGCCUGGCUGCCCUCCAGCCCCAAGACAGUGACACAAACAAGGCAGCGCCGGCACCACCAGGCACCACGGCGCGAGAGGAGGACGCAGCCAAGAAGAUGGCACCGAGCUGCCUGCGCCCAUCCCUGCAGAGGAGCUCAACGCUGUGGAGGCACCCACCAUCAUCAUCACAGCUGCACCACCAGCAGCCUCGGCCACUGCACCCCUUGCACUUCGUGGGGCGCCAGCGGGGUGGCAGUGCCACAGUGCCCAGAGUGUUGGAAAAGUCGCGGCCCAUCACAGCCGAGCAGCGGCCCAAGCGGGAGCACAUGAAGAAGCUGGCCCAGGAGGAGCGGCAGCGGGCGGCCCACCAGAUGAAGAUCGGCCCCGUGCAGUUCCUGGUGCAGCGGGAGAUAGACAUGGCCGUAGCCGACGACUACGGCUACCUGUAACGCUGUGCUCCUCGCCGGCCCCGCAGCACCAGGCAGCAGCAGCAGCGUUCCAGGGGCACCAGCAACAGCCCCAUGCCUCACCUCCAGAACCGAGCCGUGCUCCAACGUCAGCAUUGCAGUGGAUGGGACAUUGUCUGGGCGCUCAAUUGUUGUGGGAUGGCAAUUUUAGGAAUAUUGUUGUUUCUGUUACUCUUUGUUUUCUACGAUAGGUUAUUAAAUGUUUUGUGUUCCCUUUCCUAUAUACCUCUGCCUGCAGUCAUUUGUGCCGUGUCACAGCCCCCCAGCUCCCCAUGCCCACCUCCGGGGCAGGAUGGGGCACCACAGAUGGCCGUGUCCCUCAGCUGCCACCACAGGCCUAAAGAUACCUCAGGUGUCACGGCUCUUCUGCCUCCACGCUGUUUGGGUCCUGGCAGUUUUGUCUUCAGACGGGGACUCAGCCCAAUCUGUACACCCAGAGCAGGAUUUUCCCGUUUGUGGCCAGGCACGAGUGGUGUCCUGUGGAGAGCUUUUGGGACCCGGAGCACUGGCUCCGGGAGAGGGGCCAUGAUGGGAUGCAGCUGGUAAGGAGAUAGGGCCCUGCUCAUUAAACCAGGCAAGGUCGUGCUGCCCUCAGGAGCAAGGAAGUGAUAAGAACAUGCUGCAAUUAAGAAAAUUGAGUGGUAUGUGGUAAACAAUCGGGCAUUCAUCACGGGACUGUCACGGUAUCUAGCGUUGAUGGUUACUUUCUCACGUAAAGAACUAACCAAUAAGAGAACCCAAUUUGGCAUAUGUAGUAGCUCAUUAACUAUCGUAUAAAUGCCUGCGUGUGCUUCAAUAAAGCUGAGACUUGUUGAUCAUGAAAGCAUGAGAC